GGAAGUGGAGGCGGUUGGUGGGGUUGGCGGGGCUCAGGGACGCGGCGCGGGUGGCGGUUUGCGAGCUUUGGGUGGACCGAGUGUAGUGACUGGUCCCACUGUCUGGUGCUGGCGGGGUAGCGUUCAGCUGGACGGUGCGCGGCGGCGGCGAACGAACGCGGCGCGGACCCGGGCGCCCGCGGCUGGGCCCAUGGCCUCCUCCUGUGCGAGCAUCGACAUCGAGGACGCCACGCAGCACCUGCGGGACAUCCUCAAGCUGGACCGGCCCGCGGGGGGUCCCAGUGCAGAGAGCCAGCGACCAUCUAAUGCCUACAAUGGAGAUCUCAAUGGGCUCCUGGUCCCAGACCCCCUCUGCUCAAGUGAUGGUACUUCAACAAACAAGCCUGGUCUCCGAGCCAUGCCUCCUAUUAACCUGCAGGAAAAGCAGGUCAUAGUGUCUGUAUCUUCUCCCCCCAACCCUGCCCAUCGAGACUUUGGGUGGACAAGAGUCACGCUAUGCACCCCUCCCCCCAGCUGCCUCUUAGGAGACGACAGUUCCACCUGCAUCGGAAUUUUGGCCAAGGAGGUGGAGAUUGUGGCCAGCAGUGACUCUAGCAUCUCGAGCAAGGCACGGGGGAGCAACAAGGUGAAAAUCCAGCCCGUUGCCAAGUAUGACUGGGAGCAGAAAUACUACUAUGGCAACCUGAUUGCUGUGUCCAACUCUUUCUUGGCCUAUGCUAUUCGGGCUGCCAACAACGGCUCAGCGAUGGUACGGGUGAUCAGUGUCAGCACUUCAGAGAGGACCCUGCUCAAAGGCUUCACAGGCAGUGUGGCUGAUCUGGCCUUUGCACACCUCAAUUCCCCACAGCUGGCCUGCCUGGAUGAGGCAGGCAACCUGUUUGUGUGGCGCUUGGCCCUGGUUAAUGGCAAAAUUCAAGAAGAGAUCUUGGUCCAUAUCCGACAGCCAGAGGGCACUCCACUGAAUCACUUCCGCAGGAUCAUCUGGUGCCCCUUCAUCCCCGAAGAGAGUGAGGACUGCUGUGAGGAGGGCAGCCCAACGGUGGCCCUGUUGCAUGAGGACCGGGCUGAGGUGUGGGACCUGGACAUGCUCCGCUCCAACCACAGCACCUGGCCCGUGGAUGUCAGCCAGAUCAAGCAGGGCUUCAUCGUGGUAAAAGGCCACAGCACAUGCCUAAGUGAAGGGGCCCUCUCACCUGAUGGGACUGUCCUGGCUACCGCAAGUCAUGAUGGCUUCGUCAAGUUCUGGCAGAUUUACAUUGAGGGGCAGGAUGAGCCAAGGUGUUUGCACGAAUGGAAGCCUCACGAUGGGAGGCCCCUCUCCUGCCUCCUGUUCUGUGACAACCACAAGAAACAGGAUCCUGAGGUCCCCUUCUGGAGGUUCCUUAUUACUGGUGCUGACCAGAAUCGGGAGCUGAAGAUGUGGUGCACGGUGUCCUGGACCUGCCUGCAGACCAUUCGCUUCUCCCCAGAUAUCUUCAGCUCAGUGAGUGUGCCCCCAAGCCUCAAGGUUUGCCUGGACCUCUCAGCAGAAUACCUGAUUCUCAGCGAUGUGCAACGGAAGGUCCUCUACGUGAUGGAACUGCUGCAGAACCAGGAGGAGGGCCGUGCCUGCUUCAGCUCCAUCUCUGAGUUCCUGCUCACCCACCCUGUGCUGAGCUUCGGUAUCCAGGUUGUGAGUCGCUGCCGGCUGCGGCACACUGAGGUGCUGCCAGCCGAGGAGGAGAAUGACAGCCUAGGGGCUGAUGGGACCCACGGAGCUGGUGCCAUGGAGUCUGCAGCUGGUGUGCUCAUCAAGCUCUUUUGUGUGCACACUAAGGCAUUGCAAGAUGUACAGAUCCGCUUCCAGCCACAGCUGAACCCUGACGUGGUGGUCCCGCUCCCUACACACCCUGCCCAUGAGGACUUUGCAUUUGGAGAGUCUCGACCAGAACUGGCUUCUGAGGGCCUGGGAUCGGCCACUCACGGCUCCCAGUCUGACCUCCGACGCAUCGUGGAGCUGCCUGCACCUGCCGACUUCCUCAGUCUGAGCAGUGAGACCAAGCCCAAGCUGAUGACACCUGACGCCUUCAUGACACCUAGCACCUCCCUGCAGCAGAUCGCUGCAUCUCCCAGUAGCAGCAGCAGCAGCAGCAGCAGUUCCUCUCUUACGGCGGUGUCUGCCAUGAGCAGUACUUCGGCCGUGGACCCCUCCUUGCCCAGCAGGCCACCUGAGGAGCUGACCUUGAGCCCCAAGCUACAGCUGGAUGGCGGUCUGACAAUAAGCAGCAGUAGCAGCCUGCAGGCAAGCCCACGUAGCCUCCUGCCUGGCCUGCUCCCAAGUCCGGCCGACAAAUUGCCUCCCAAAGGGCCUGGGCAGGUGCCUACUGCUGCCUCUACACUAUCUCUGGAGCUGCAGGAAGUGGAGCCCCUGGGGCUACCCCAGGCGUCCCCCAGCCGCACCCGCUCCCCCGAUGUUAUCUCCUCGGCUUCCACUGCCCUGUCCCAGGAUAUCCCUGAGAUCGCAUCUGAGGCGCUGUCCCGUGGCUUUGGCUCCUCCGCUCCGGAGGGCCUGGAGCCAGACAGUAUGGCCUCAGCUGCUUCAGCACUACACCUGCUGUCUCCACGGCCCCGGCCGGGACCCGAGCUUGGCCCCCAGCUUAGCCUGGAUGGAGGCCCUGGGGAUGGGGAUCGGCAUAGUACCCCUUCCCUCCUGGAGGCAGCCUUGACCCAGGAGGCCACGGCCCCUGACAGUCAGGUCUGGCCUACGGCACCAGACAUUACUCGUGAGACCUGCAGCAGCCUGGCAGAGAGCCCCCGGAAUGGCCUCCAGGAAAAGCACAAGAGCCUGGCCUUUCACCGACCACCUUAUCACCUGCUACAGCAACACGACAGUCAGGACGCCAGUGCCGAGCAAAGCGACCAUGAUGAUGAGGUGGCCAGCCUGGCCUCUGCUUCAGGGGGUUUUGGCACCAAAGUUCCCACUCCACGUCUUCCUGCCAAGGACUGGAAGACCAAAGGAUCCCCUCGGGCCUCACCCAAGCUCAAGCGAAAGGGCAAAAAGGAUGACGGGGAUUCGUCCGUGGGAUCCCGGCUCACAGAGCACCAGGUGGCAGAGGCCCCUGAGGACUGGCCAGCACUAAUUUGGCAGCAGCAGAGAGAGCUGGCGCAGCUUCGACACAGCCAAGAAGAGCUGCUACAGCGUCUGUGCACCCAACUUGAAGGCCUGCAGAGCACCGUCACGGGCCACGUAGAACGUGCCCUAGAGUCACGGCACGAGCAGGAGCGUAUCCUUGUGGGCAGUGGCACAGCAUGGGGCGGCAGCAGCAUUCUUGGCCCAGGAAGGGAUAUGGGACCUGCUGCAGCCCUGUUCCUUAGCUACAAUGCAGAGCGGCGACUGGAGCGGGCACUGGCCGAGGGACAGCAGCGUGGUGGGCAGCUGCAGGAGCAGCUGACGCAACAGCUGUCCCAAGCGCUAUCUUCAGCUGUGGCUGGGCGGCUGGAGCGCAGCAUACGGGAUGAGAUCAAGAAGACGGUUCCUCCAUGUGUGUCUAGGAGUCUGGAGCCCGUGGCAGGCCAACUGAGCAACUCAGUGGCCACCAAGCUCACAGCCGUGGAGGGUAGCAUGAAAGAGAAUAUCUCCAAGCUGCUGAAGUCCAAGAACUUAACAGAUGCCAUUGCCCGAGCAGCCGCAGACACGUUACAGGGGCCGAUGCAGGCCGCCUACCGUGAAGCCUUCCAGAGCGUGGUACUGCCCGCCUUUGAGAAGAGCUGCCAGGCCAUGUUCCAGCAGAUCAAUGAUAGCUUCCGACUGGGCACGCAGGAAUACUUGCAGCAGCUGGAGAGCCACAUGAAGAGCCGAAAGGCACGAGAACAGGAGGCGCGGGAGCCCGUGCUGGCCCAGCUGCGGGGCCUGGUCAGCACGCUGCAGGGAGCCACGGAGCAGAUGGCGGCUACCGUGUCCAGCAGCGUUCGGGCUGAGGUGCAGCACCAGCUGCACGUGGCUGUGGGCAGCCUGCAAGAGGCAAUUUUAGCACAGGUGCAGCGCAUUGUUAAGGGUGAGGUGAGUGUGGCACUGAAGGAGCAGCAGGCUGCCGUCACCUCUAGCAUCAUGCAGGCCAUGCGCUCAGCUGCUGGCACACCUGUCCCUACCACCCACCUCGACUGCCAAGCCCAGCAAGCCCAUAUCCUGCAGCUGCUGCAGCAGGGCCACCUCAACCAGGCCUUCCAGCAGGCCCUGACAGCUGCCGACCUGAACCUGGUGCUGUACGUGUGUGAAACUGUAGACCCAGGCCAGGUGUUUGGGCAGCCACCUUGCCCCCUCUCCCAGCCUGUACUCCUUUCACUCAUCCAGCAACUGGCCUCUGACCUUGGCACUCGAACUGACCUCAAGCUCAGCUACCUGGAAGAGGCUGUGAUGCACCUGGACCACAGUGACCCCAUCACUCGGGACCACAUGGGCUCCGUCAUGGCCCAGGUGCGCCAGAAGCUCUUCCAGUUCCUGCAGGCGGAGCCACACAACUCACUUGGCAAAGCGGCCCGGCGUCUCAGCCUCAUGCUGCACGGCCUUAUGACCCCCAGCCUCCCUUAGCUCAGCCUGCCUUGCCCAGGAUGGGGUGGCACUGAAGGUCAGCAGACAGGCCUAGGCCAAAGCAGGGUCAUGUCUGCCCUUUACCUGCUCAGGCUCCCACCUCUGGCGUGUUUGAUGGGGAUAGCACUGGCUAUGGUCUAUAGGUUGUGGUAGCCAGCAGGUUUAGGCUGGGCCCAGGGUGGGUAUUGUGCCUUCUUGGGUUCUGCCAUGCCUGGAGCAUGACCCCUGAGAUUAUGACACCACUUUAGUUGAAUUUUCCAUGUUCCUUUUUACCACCAGUUUGGUUCUUUUUGUUUUUGAAAAACAUUGAGAAAUUCAAUUAAAUGCUUUUGGAAUAAAA